AUGGUGUCGUUGGACGGGUCGGUGGAUCCAGUGAGAGCGCGUGGUAACACGCAGUGCGGCUUUGAACUGCUUAGGCAGCUUACUCAGCAAUACUCCCUGCGAUCACGGGCUGAAGCCUUGAGCAUGCGGUCGGAGUUGAUCAAUCGCAUCUUCGCGUUGCGAGCCUCGGAUACGUCAGUAGCCACACAGGUGGGUGACGUCAUUCGCAAGAUUGAUUUGGAACUCGCCAAAUUUGCGAAGUUGUUGGGUACGCUUCCUGAAGCUUUUGACCGCAGUGGCCUUAGUAUUGGGGAUGGUGAUGCCAUGGUCAUUCUCCUGCGAAGUUUGCCUGAAAACGCAAAGCAGUAUGUGUUGCAUCACAGUGUGGGUGACACGUAUAUGGCAUGCAGGAAUGCAGCACUGAAGUUUGAAAGGCAACAGCGGUUGUUCUUGGAUUUGAAUCUUGGAGGCAAGCCCCAAAAGGGCGUAGCAGCGGUAACUACAGGUUCACCGGGCCUCCAAACAUUUGCAAUGGAUCGCUGGGAUGAUGAGGGAUCCUGGGACAGUGCUUGGUAUGAUAGUCAAGAGUGGAGCGAUGUGAACGCCACAACUCGUGAGAAGUGCAAUCGGUGUGGAAAGGCCCAUGCAACCGAUAAGUGCACAACGAACCUUGAGAAAGUCAAGUGUUUUUCUUGUCAUGAAAUGGGACACAUCGGCGCGAACUGCCCGCACAAAGGAAAAGGCAAGGGCAAGGAAAGUCAAGGCAAGGAUGCCAAAGGAAAGGGGGGCAAAGGAAAGCCAGGAAAAUCAGGAGGUAGUAACGAGAAGGGCAAAGGAAAAGGCAAAGCUGGAAAGCAGGGAAAGAAAGGAAAGAUGAAUGAGGUGUCCUACGAUGGGGAUGACGGGCAAUGGUGGUCACAGGAGUGGGACUACAAUUGGCAAGAACCGUAUCUGGAUCAGCAGCUGGGGCAAAGUGCUUUGGCGGAGAGUGGGGGCACGCAAGCAUCACAGAGUGCACCGUUGCAGAUGUCCAGCUUGCUUCUCUGCGAGCUCAUGUCUGAAGAAAUGCAUGCUAUGCAGAAGUGUGGCAUAGGUUGUGUUGUGAUCGAUGGUGUGGAGCUUCCUUCCGCGCGCGGCUGUCUGAUUAAGUGGCUUCACGAGUUCGGUUUGUCAAGCAGUACAGUGUCAAUCACCAUGGUCACGGACAGCGAAGCGGCUGUAAGCAGCUUCGUUUCUAGAGCGAGCGAUCACUUCCACUUUCUGGUCAAGAAGGCUGGACCACAGGUCCACGAGGCCGUAGGGCAUGCGGAACCAUGCGUGCGCACAUUGAAGGAGGCCCUUCAGGUUCUCAGAAGCGACAUGAACAGGUCCAACCUUGAUUUGAAGCUGGGAGCGUCUGCACUUCAAGAUGUUGUGACACAUGUUUGCAUGGCUCAGAACCGUUUUGGAAAAGCCCAUGGGGCCAAUCAAGCGCCUCAGGAAAUCGCUACUGGAAGGCCCCUACCAGAAACUCCGUUUUCUUUGUUUCUGUCCUUGGUUCUAGCAGAAACGCCUGACAGCAUGCACGAGAAGUAUCCGAACUCACCCCGGUUUGUUGAAGCAUGUUUCAUCCAUCCUCAGUGGGCGUCUCAAGGGAGUCUGGUCAUUGGGAAGUUUCGAAAAGGUGACGUUUUGGUCAAUGAGCGUUUUGUCGCUAAGAGCAUUCGCAUCGUCAUGCCACCCAAAUGGGACAAAACGUUUUGCCCUGAACACAUGAAGACGUUGACUGCAGCAGAAGCUGCUGGAAUCCCGGCAGAGGUUGCUGUGCCACUCAGUGUAGGGCAAGGUCAUAACGUUGCGGCGCCAGGCCCUGUGGCCCCUCAAGUGGGGAGUCCUGUUCUCCCAAAUCCGGUAGGUAGGUUGCCCACUGAGAAGCGAAAAAUCCUUGAGCAACCAUCCAACGUCCCCCCAGCAGAAGACAUGCAGGUUGAGACUGAGGUCGAGAGAGAGAGUGUGUUCAGGCAGAAGCGGAGACCGGAGGUGGAGACUGAGAGAUUAGAGAGAGAGAUUGAGGAGAGCAGGGCAGACAGGAUGGUAGAGACAGUCAUGGAGCUCGAUCUCUGUUGGUCUGCAGAUGCCAGUCCUGUGUGUGAGAUUCUUCAUGAGCCUAGUGGUUUAAAGAGUGCGCCUGCGACAGCUCCGGAGUUCUUUGAUCCAAGCAUUGAGUCCAUCAAGUUUGAGCAUGGUGAACAUGAGCAUGUUAAGCGUACUCUCGGUGGCCGAACGGUUCUGGUUUGGAAACCAACCAGUGCGGUGGAUGAUACAACACUGCAGCUUUUGGAUAGGGACCUCACCUUCAAAGGGAUGUGUGCUGAAGUGGAGCAUCUAGAGCAGUGCAGCGCAGGGCGUCUUGUGGAUGAAGCUGAAGCAAAGGCGCUCGAGGACUUGAAUAAGGGGGCCUCUGCGCGAAAGUUGGGAUUCUCUAGCCCAACACCGUCAACAGAAGCAUUGAACUUGUUGUUAGCCGUGGUGAUUUUGAAGUUGCCAUUAAGUGUCUCCUUAGAAACCGGGCUUCCGGCGUAUCUGGUGUUGGCUGUUGCGGUCAACGGUCUUCGUGAUGCAAGCUUGAGGUAG